AUGCGCCAUGGCCUUGCCAAGAAUGGUGUCCAGAACAAGUUCUCCUGUCCCGUGUGCCGCCAAGAGGCCCCCGUACCACCAGGUGGGUUAGAAACUCUCGUGAGAAACUUCUACAUGAGAAAAGUAAUAGACUUCAUGAAAGAUCAGAAAGCUCCGGAUGGGAGACUUUGUGAGUAUUGCAACCAUAAAGAGGCCACUUUCAUGUGCCAAGGGUGUCCAGAAACCAACCAACUGUGCGCUACAUGUCGUGAGUUUCAUGACAAAAUCCCGUCUUGUAAGGGCCAUUCGUUAGUGCCUCUGUCACAAGUCGAUUUGUCAGUUAACCCAGCUAACAUGCGAGAACAAUUACGCCAUGUAUUGGAUAAAUCUCAACACUGUGACAAACACGACGGCGAGUUGUUGACUUUCUAUUGUGAAGAGGAUGACACCGUGGCAUGUAGAGAUUGUAUUUUGGAAACUCACAGUAAACAUGACUUUAAAAAGGUAGGGGAUGAGGUGAAAGUUCAACGAGAUCUGAUACAAGACAAGAUUAAAUUUCUUACAACAGAAAAACUGUUUCGUUUUGAAAAGGCAGAAAAAGCCAUUGUGCAAACCGAAGACGGGCUGACUGAAAAUCACACGAAGGUUCUUCGUUUGGUGGAUUCUCAGAAUUUAGUUAUGACUAAGGAGAUAGAUGAAAACAGUGCAAUCAUUAAAAGAGAAAUCAAAGAUUAUUAUCAACAACUAGAGAAAGACGUACGUGAACAGACGGACAUAUAUUUGACCACUGUCAAACAGCAUUUGGAAACUUAUGAAACAAAAGUACAGUCCGAUUACACCGAAAUGAAAAGAUUUAUAAAUGGCAGAAGCAGGGAAAUAAUGACAGAAGUGAAGGCACUCACAUCCACGCAGCUGAAGAAUCUAGAAGCUGAAAAGGACAGGUCAAUGUAA